UCCGUUCCGUUAUGUUCGGAGGUCGGUCGGCAGGUCGCCUCGGUCCCGUUUCCAGUUAAAUUUUUACCGUUCACCAGGGCAGCGAGCUGCGAACAGGCGGACGGGCGGGUCUUCAAAUUCAAGCGUCGUGCCCCGCAGUUUCAACGCGCUCGAAGUCGAAAUUAUCAUUGAAUGGGAAAAUUGAAAAAUUGAAAACAAAAAUAUUUAAUUUCAAUCCUAAAAUAAUAAAUGUUCCUCCCUUACCCCUCUUACACAAUUGUGCGUGAAAAUUCCAAUUGCCUGGCAUUCCUAGCGACUGGCCGAAGCAAAAAUAUAAAUAAGUGCAAAUAUUUUGAAGAAUUAUUCAAAUGAAAAUACAAGCAAAAAAAAAAAAAAAUAAAUCUGCUUGGGCUACUUGAAUAAAAAAUAAGCAACAAAAUAUUAAAUGCUAUUAGUGCGUGCAAAGAAGAAGAAUAUAUCCGCCAAUAUCUGUCCGUGUCAGCAGAAGGCGAAUCGAAUGAAUAUGAAUGGGAAAGUGCUCGAGCGUAAAUAGGCCAGAAGUCGAAACAUUUGGAAGCCAAAAAAUAUCCACCGACAGAAGCUUGGACAAACUUGUGCAGUUCUCCGAUUCUCGUCUGCUCAGAUAUUUUCCAAACGCCGUGCGAGUGCUAUUAUUAAAGUAAUUUGUGCGACACUUGCCACCUGUUUGACAACUUUUUGGAAAACAAAAUUUAUGCAAACGACCUCGAGAAGAAAGCAGAACUGAUCCAAUCCGAUCCGAUCCGUUUGUGAUCCGCCCCGAAAGCGAGAGUGUGUCGUUGACCGGGAGUAUAUUGAACGGCAUUGGACGAAGAGGUAACGAGCUACACGCGCUCCAGACGUCUGAAGAGUGUCUAAGCCAGGGAGGGAGACAGCUACAGCAAAUCGAAAGAGACGGCGACAAACACGGCGACGCAGGAAAAAGGCGACAAUCAGACAGACCCCAAGACGGCACUGAACGGCGGAGGAAAAGAUUUAUUGAAGGAGAUAACCCACAAGUACAAGGCAUAAAAGUCAAUGACCACAUCAACUGGAAGCCGCAAGCAGCGUUUUUAUUAAGCAUACGCCCCCACAUAAAUUAGUAAUCAAGACGCGCCCGAGGCGAAACUAAUAAGAGGACUUAUUUUUAUUGAAAUUAUUAUGAUUAAUGGCCAGUGCUGAGCUGUGCUGGGCGGGAAAGUGAGUAGAGUUGCGCAAUGAACCUUUGGCUAAUCGAGAGCGCGAUGCGAGGCAGCAGGUUAGCUGUGGGUUGCUCAUACGCCGCGUUGGCCCGCGGAAGCAGCGUUUAAUGAAAGAAAACCAGAAUUACACAAAAUUGAUGGCUGCAACCGGUCACUGUCAACGGAAACUAAUCUCCACCGCCACACUGACUCUUUGUAUUUUAUUCUUGAGCAGCUGGAUAGCCUAUGGAGCGGCCAAGGCGACGGCGGCCGCUCCGCUCCUGGAAAGCGAGACGGAGCCGUCAUCACCGGACUUUGCCAACAGCAGUAGCGCCUUUCUAGGCGCCGUGGCCUCCGCUUCGGCUGCGUCUUCGGUUACGUCCUUAAGUGGCACUCCCCCCAUGAACAGCAGCCUAGUGGCCAUAGUUACGUAUCAGGGCAUUACCAGCAGUUAUCUAGGGGAUAGUAACACCACUUUGGUGCCCCUGUCGGAUACGCCCUUGCUCCUGGAGGAGUUCGCUGCAGGGGAGUUUGUCCUGCCACCAUUACAAUCUAUUUUCGUGAGCAUUGUCCUGCUCAUUGUCAUACUGGGAACAGUGGUGGGCAAUGUCCUGGUCUGCAUCGCCGUGUGCAUGGUUCGAAAACUGCGUAGACCCUGCAAUUAUCUUCUUGUAUCACUGGCGCUCUCCGAUUUGUGCGUUGCCCUAUUGGUAAUGCCCAUGGCUUUGUUGUACGAGGUUCUGGAAAAGUGGAACUUCGGCCCUCUGCUUUGCGACAUCUGGGUAUCCUUCGAUGUGCUCUGCUGCACAGCCUCGAUUCUGAAUCUGUGUGCCAUAUCCGUGGAUCGCUAUUUGGCCAUUACAAAGCCUUUGGAGUACGGAGUAAAGCGGACACCGCGCAGGAUGAUGCUCUGCGUGGGAAUUGUUUGGCUGGCGGCUGCCUGCAUCUCGCUGCCACCCCUGCUGAUUUUGGGCAACGAGCACGAGGACGAGGAUGGCCAGCCUAUAUGCACAGUGUGCCAGAACUUUGCAUAUCAGAUCUACGCCACCUUGGGAUCGUUUUACAUACCGCUGUCGGUGAUGCUAUUCGUCUACUACCAGAUCUUCAGGGCGGCGCGGCGCAUUGUGCUGGAGGAGAAGAGGGCGCAGACCCAUUUGCAGCAGGCGUUGAAUGGAACCGGAUCGCCCACAGCCCCGCAGGCCCCGUCCUUGGGUCACACGGAACUGGGAGGAAACGGCCAGCGGCACAGCAGUGUGGGCAACACCUCUCUAACAUACUCCACUUGCGGUGGCCUGAGCAGCGGAGGAGGUGGAGGAACCCUGGGCGUGGGUCUGGGUGGUGGCCACCACGGCAGAGGAGGGGGAGUCAGUGGCUCCACCGGUCUACUUGGUUCACCGCACCACAAAAAGCUGCGGUUUCAGCUGGCGAAGGAAAAGAAAGCCUCCACCACCCUGGGCAUCAUCAUGUCGGCCUUUACCAUCUGCUGGCUACCGUUCUUCAUCCUAGCUUUGAUUCGUCCCUUCGAAACAAUGCACGUGCCCGCCUCUCUCUCCUCGCUCUUCCUCUGGCUGGGCUACGCCAACUCGCUGCUGAACCCCAUCAUAUAUGCCACUCUGAACCGUGACUUCCGCAAGCCGUUCCAGGAGAUCCUCUACUUCCGCUGCUCCAGCCUCAACACGAUGAUGCGUGAGAACUACUACCAGGAUCAAUACGGAGAACCGCCAUCGCAAAGGGUAAUGCUCGGUGAUGAAAGACACGGUGCCCGGGAAAGUUUUCUCUAGAAAUCGUUAAUGAAAGCCAAUCAAAACUGAAUGGUAAAGGACAUCGAUGCAGUUCGGGAAAUCAUCUAAAGGAUUUUCAAAAAAGGCUCGAAACACUCAAAUACUGGGCGGAACUCUAUAAUAAGUUUAUGAAAAUUGUAAAGUCAUGGAAAGUAAUCCAGAAAGAGCUGCUUUUCUGGCAAACUAAAUAUUGAAAAUCAGAAACUCUUAAAUUAUAAAAUUGUAAAUUAAGAAAACAAAAAAAAAAACUCAAUUGAAGCUAUAAUUUACCAAAGUAUAUAUGAUAAAUGGAUUUUGAAACUUGAGUUUCCAGAAGGAAGAAGUUAGCUGAUCGAAGAUUACUUUCCACACCCAUACCCCCACAAAUGGAUAUUUGUAUGUAGUAGUGUUAGUAGUGCGUAUCUCUGUAUAUGUGCACCGCCCCUUACAUUCGCGCAAGGCGACAUCGUGGACGACUCCUCUAAAUGUAACUUGUUGUUGUAAUUUUAAAAGUAGUACUAAGCAAUCAGAGUGGCCCCAGCCACACACCCACCCACACACACACUCACACACCAACCAACACAUAUGAGAAAAACAUCAAACACACACACGGUUGUAACUGUGACAGGUUUCUACGGUUCCUUUUAUGUUUCGAAAACAAUCAGCACCGAAUAUGAAACACAAUCGUUAUCGAAUCUAUGGAUAUCCCCACCCCCGCAAACCAAUCUGCCUAGCCCUAGCCCUAGUCCACUUCCCACUUCCCUCUAACCUCUAGCCCUGCAACAAACAAAUAAAUGUUUGCCGGAGUAGUUAGUUGAUUUGCGAUACUCAACCUGAGCCAAAAAUUAAAUUUACAAGCUGCGGAUUGCAGACCUAAGUCUAGAUACGAUUAAAUUUACGUUUGUGCUAUCCUCUGUAAAUACCCAGCUCUGUCUAUAAAGAUACAUGCAAAUAAAAAUAUACAAUAUAUAUAUAUAUAAAUAUACAAAAAGAGUAGCCUAUACAUAUGUAGUACGUGUACACUGUGCAGCUCAAGCUCAAGUGAACUAAGAAGUGAACUAAAUUGUAUUUUGUAACUUUCUGCAUUAGUCUUUUGUUGUAUUUUGUAUGAAAAGUCACGCCUCUCUGUGAUACCAAACAUUAAGCAUUACUUUUAUGUUUAGAAUGAAGCUGCAUCAGACGUAAUACACAUACAUACCUAAACAUAUAGAUAUAGUAUCUACUAAGUGUGCAUGUUUUUAUUGUAUGUAUAUGUAUGUAAGCACUCCGAAAAGUGCAUUAUGAUAUUCGCGCCGCAAACCGACCGACAAACGAUAAUGAAAAAUUAUAAAACUUGGUGUUUAAAUUAAAUCGCAAAAACACAAGCGAGGGAUGAGCUACCAAACUAUUUACAUAACCCCCACCCACCCAUUCACACACUCGCAUACAUCGCCACAUCAAGAUGAGAAUGAAAUUGAAAUUUAAAAUGAAAAUUAAAAUGAAAAACAAACAAAACGGCAAACGAGCAUGACAAAACUAAGCGCAGCUAAUUAUACGCAACCCGAACUAAAGUUCAUUUCAAAAAUAAACAUCAAAUAUUAUUACUAAAACAAAAGUAUUGGAUGUAACAACUAAACCACUAAACAAACCCAAGUAAAGAUUAAAAAACACUUUCCGAGUGAAGCUUACAAAACUGCAUUUGAAAACUGUUUUCCGAAACACAAAUUGAAAUCAUGCGAAAGUUAAGGCAUCAAAUAAAAGGAAAAUCGUAUAAAUGUAAUUUACCUGAAUUAAAUUGGUUUUUCAUUGGUUUCUUCGGCAAGUGGGGUCCCUUUCAGGCAUACCUCUUGAAAAAUUACAAAGCAUUUUAUUCUGGAGUUGAAAAACUCGUAAUAGGAAUUGAAUUCAAAUCCAAAAAAAAACCAGUUGCAGCAUCUGGGGGAAAACUCGGUGCACAAUUCAACAGACUGCGAGUGGCUUUGCCUGGACGAAACAAAAAAAGGAUAUAUAUUUAUAAGCUAGGACAGCUACCAGUGCAUUCUGCUCAGUGAGAGUGACAAGUUGGGCAAACGUGCAAAAUGCACGGAAACGGAAGUCGAAGCGAGAGGCGAAUGCGACGCCAACAUGGCGUGCAUAUCAAAAUGGCAAAAGGCAA